UUACAGUCCCUAGCAAGCCCUCAUAACAAAGGAAGCCCUGCUAUGCCUCCAACACGACCCACGGACGCGGAAGAGGCCGAUUUUAUGCAUGAGCUCCUCGCCGGCAUUGAUGAUUCCAUCUUCGACGCCAUACCCUCACCAGACCAGCCUCGGAAACGCGUACCCAGCAAAACGAAAGUGCAGCUCUCGCCUGUGCGUUGCGCGUUCAAGACACCAAAGAAGCAACGACAUGGACGUGUCGCGACUCCGAAGAACACGCGUUCGCCGGCUCAGUCAAAGGAGAAUGGGCAGGCGGAGGAUCUCGCGGCGUUGCUUGAGGGAGCGGAGGACUGGGACUGGGAGGAUAUGCACGCAGAUUUUCUCACUCCGAAGAAGGCAGCAUCCAAGUCUUGCAUAGCGGCCACUUAUACAAGGCAAGGCGGGUUGCGCUGCUUUCUGUCAUUAAAGCUAAUUAAUUUCUUACAGGAGCUGUUGGUUUCCACCGAGCCUGAUGACGAACCCAGGAGGGUCAUUCUGCGGGAUGACUGGGCAAUGUCCGUAAUCAAAUCUGGCGAUGUCAUAAAUGUAAUUGGCACGUGGACUGAAGACUCUUCGUCCUCCUCGAAAUCCAAGCCCACCCCAACCAUCACACUCACAUCAUUACCAACUUCACCUUUACUUAUUCACCAUCCUGAUAUCCUUGUUACGGCGACCGCGCUCAGUAGCACGCCGACUUGUCUUCGCCGUCCGCUCCUCGGGUUGCUCGUCCGGAGUGCGACAGAUGUCACGCCUGCGCUCGUGUGGGGUAACAUACUGCAUGAGGUCAUGCAGACAUGCCUUCGAGAGGGGCGCUGGGACAAGAGCUGGGUGGACGAUCGCAUCGAGGAAGUCGCAAGGACCAGCCUUGGUGAUCUUAUGCGUCUUGACGUCGACGUCGAUCAAGCCAAGCGCGAGGUCUGGGCACGCGCGGGUGGACUGGAGACGUUCGCAGCGCGGUAUAUGUUUAACUCGCCAAAGGACAAUGCAGCCCUUACUAACACGCGCUCUGAGCGUGGGCAAAGCAGUCUCCUUGCCAUAUCACGCCUCCACGAUAUCGAAGAGGAUAUCUGGUCGCCGACAUACGGGCUCAAGGGCAAAAUUGACGCGUCCGUGCAAGCGGUCGUCACUGAUAUUGAUGAUACUUCCAGUCCUUUCACUAUUGUUCAACCCACGCGCACAACAACGUCACAUCCGGCACCGCUAGAAAUCAAGACGGGACGCGCGGUCGCGGGGAUGGAGCAUCGCGCCCAGACAAUGUUAUACACACUGCUCAUGAGCGAGCGGUAUGGCGCAGAAGUACCGAGUGGAUUGCUAUAUUAUACGCAGAGCGAAGAGGUUGUGCGAGUCCCCACAGCGCCCAACGAGAUGCGUGCGCUGGCGAUGCGGCGGAAUGAGCUCGCAGGGUGGAUUAUGCGACGUAUCCGUCAGGGAGAGGCUGAGAAUGCGGUUGAGGAAGCGUUCCUGCCACCAACGAUCGACAGCGCGCGGGUGUGUGGCAGGUGCUACUCUGUGGACACGUGCAUGCUCUAUCGCAAGGCUGUAGAACAAGUCGAAGAUACUAGCAGCCCGAUCGCGGAUAUCUACGAGCUGAAAACGUCGCAUCUUACUCCGACACACACGGCGUUCUUCAAGAAGUGGGAACGCCUCGUCGGCCUCGAAGAACACGACCUUGUGCGCUUCCGCAAAGAGCUCUGGACCCUGCGUGCUACAGAACGCGAGCGGUAUGGGCGGGCCUUUGCGGACAUGGUCCUCGACACGACAUUCACACCCUCUGACGCCCCGCCUCGUCGAGGAAAGGAGGGCAAGAUCCAUUCAUAUACCUAUCGCUUCGUCAAAGGCGAUGUAGCAAGCAAUGUGUUGAGUGGAGGUUUGCUGAACGGGCAGAUGAACGUGGGAGAUGCAGUAACAGUGUCAGUUGAGCCAACCUUGCUGGCAUUCGCCAAAGGGUUCAUCAUAGAGCUCACGCCUGAGCAUGUCAUCGUCGGCGUCGACCACGCGCUCGAGCUCCCCUCGGUUCGUGCCAGAGCUAAGGCAGAUGGUGGAGACGCACCAGUUGUCUUCCGUAUCGACCGUGACGAGCUUGGCGGCGGCAUGGCGCGGAUUCGCGACAACCUCGCGCAGCUCUUUUACGCCGAUGGCUGCACACGGCUGCUCUCGCUUGUCGUCGAUCUUGUGCCUCCCCGCUUCAACGACCUUCUCGGCUUCGUGCCCGACGGGGCAAAGGGCAUCAUUAACUCGCUCAAUGCGAAUCAACAGGAGGCGAUCCGACGGGUGCUGUUGGCGGAAGACUACGCGCUGAUAUUGGGGAUGCCCGGUACGGGAAAGACGACGGUUAUUGCGGCGCUGAUUCGCUGUCUUGUGCUGCUCGGAAAGACGGUGCUGCUAACGAGCUACACGCACUCCGCGGUAGACAAUAUCCUGCUGAAGCUCAAGGACAGGGUCGAUUUUGGAAUACUGAGGCUAGGGAACGUGGACAAGGUGCAUCCAGAUGUGAAGGAGCUUGCACUCGGCGCAAGGGAACCUCCGCGGACCAUAGAGCAACUUGAGAAUUGGGUCAUAUCCCCACCGGUUGUUGCAACAACAUGUCUGACCAUUGAUCAGAACAAGCAGGCGAAGACACAAGGAUUGGACGUUUCCCUCUUCCGCAUGCUCUCCGAGGCGCACCCGAAAGCCGUGGUGGAUCUAAACGAGCAGUACCGCAUGAAUAAGGACAUUAUGCUCCUUUCCAACAGGUUGAUCUACGGAGACAGGCUCCGCUGUGGUAAUGAGGAGGUUGCACGGAGGGGACUGAAGACCAAUAAGGCCUGGCUGGACGCAGUACACGAGUCACAGGGAAAUUGUAAGGCAGGGUGCUGGAUCGAGCAGCUCUUGGACGAAAGCUCUAAGGCUGUGUUCGUUGAUACCGACGCCGUUCCCGCACCCGAGUCGCGUGUGGGAGACCUCACGCAGAACAGCAUCGAAGCGCAGCUUGUUGCUUCCUUCGUCGCCGCGCUCACGCGCUCCGGCGUUACACCGAACCAAAUUGGCGUGCUUUCGCUUUACCGCCAGCAGAUCAAGCUCGUAUCUUACCUGUUGAGGGAGCACAAGGGCGUGGAAAUAUUGACAGCGGACCGCAGUCAAGGUAGAGACAAGGACGUCAUCGUAAUCUCAAUGGUUAGGAGUAAUACGGAAGGGCAGAUUGGAGACCUUCUAAAAGACUGGCGGCGUAUCAACGUCUCCUUCACCCGUGCACGGUGCAAACUCGUUAUCAUCGGCUCGCGCAAGACGCUCGCCUCCACGCCUUUGCUCGAAGAGUUCUUCAAGCUCAUGGAUAGCAAAGACUGGAUUCUCGCGCUCCCGCCAGGCGCAGACACGUUGCACGAGGAACUCCUCUCCACAGCCAGCCUCGGUCAUCAGACGAAGGAUGCAGAGACGCGGCUGAAACGUCUUGCUGAGGCAAAUGAUGCAGAUCGCGAUCCGAGGGACGGCGGGAUGUCGAACGUCAAGCGGGCCAGGAGGAGUGGAAUUGGCGAGGCAAUCGUGAAGGGACGCCCAAUCUUGAAGGAUCUCCUGAACGACACGCAGUAGCUAUGUGACCGCAGUUCUUGCAUGCUUAUGGACUAAUUCUCAGAGGUAUCCAAUAUCAUGGUUGAUUUAGAAUACGGAUGAAUUAUGUAGACAGUACUGGCGCACGUUGCAUACACUACAACUUUUCCUGACUGAACC